CAUCAUGACGGUGGGCGCGCGGCUCCGGAGCAAGGCGGCUAGCAGCUUCCCGCGCCGCGGACCCCGGGGCCGAGCCCGAUUGCAGGGGGACGAGGACACGGCCGCCAUCCUCGAACACCCCGAGUGCGCGGACCCCGCGGCCGAGGGGGCGCCGGGGACGCGGCGCGCGGGGGGCCGGACCGCACGGCGGGUGCACUUGGCGGUGCUGCCCGAGCGCUACGAGCCGCUGGAGGAGGCGGCGUCGCCUGAGAAGCCCAAGAAGAGGUACCGACAGAAGCUGAAGAAGUACGGCAAGAACGUGGGCAAGGUCAUCACCAAGGGCUGCCGCUACGUGGUCAUUGGCCUGCAGGGCUUUGCCGCCGCCUACUCUGCCCCCUUUGGAGUGGCCACCAGCGUGGUGUCUUUUGUCCGCUAGGAAAUACUACUGGGGCCCCUGCUACCAAUGUGGAUGGAAGCCCCAGCUCUGGGAAGAAACUUUCAGACUUGAACCUACCAGGAAAAAAAAAAAAGCCUUUGUUGAAGAGAAUGAAUGCUGUCACUGCAGUAGCCCUGCGUAUCUGCUGAGCUCUCACAUCUCAUCACUGUGGCACCUGCUGGCUCCCAUGGACGAUCCUGCAGGGAAUUUGGCCCCUAUCAGGGUUGUAGUUAAGAGGUUGUUCGCUGAAACCUGAGCCUUCACAGAAACUAUAGUGGGGGGGCUGGCAAGGGAACUCAUACUGAUGACACCGGCCUCUGGGUGGGCAGCGCCAUGGGGAAAUGUUGGAUGGAUGAGCACCUGUCUCCUUGGAAGGUGGCAGUGGACAGGGCAGCCCAGCCCUGGGCAGCUGGAGUCAUUCUGGGGGCAGCAGAGGAGCUUAUCUUUCUGAAGUCGUGCCACCUCAUUGACCCCUCCACCCCAGGUCCCCAGGCUGGAGAAGAUGGAAGGCAAAUCUCUGAAGCCUAGAGGCUUUGAAAACUGCUGCUGUGUUGGGCUGUUUUUGAAGUAGCUAAAAGUAUAAAAACGUGCCAUUCUCACCCCUCUUGGUCAGGAGAGAUAGAGGCUGCUGACAAGACUCCUGAGGGCUCUUGUGAGGAGGGAGACCCAUGGGACCCCAUGUUCGGCCCCUCCUCCUUUGAGCCAGGUUGAGAAGGUGGCUUUGUGUCCAAGAGGGAGAGGAUCCACCUGGAAAGCAGAGGAUGUGGUUUAGAGAAGGAACCUGUAUGGAAUUCACAGGUGCGAACGGAGUGGGGAUGUUGGACCAGACAGUGGACGUCAGAAUCCAAUUGGCUUGAUCAGUGUUGGGAAGUCCCUGGGUGGUCUGGGCAGCACCCGGGAGCUGGAGCUGGGCGGGAGAGGUGCCAGGCCUGCUUCCCAGAGCCACGAGGCCUGGGAGCUCAGUUAGACUGCCUGGGCAGCACUUUGCUUUCUGUUUGACUCACCUCACCUGGAGGGAAAGUUAGCGUGGGCAGGCAUCCCAGCCUGGCACCCCCCAGGGAUAACCAUCGGUGCCCAUUUGAACCAUCAGAGUGAGAAAUGAGAAUCAAAGAAAGUCAGAGAUUCAUAGGGACCAUUGUUCUAUUUCUAAAAUAUCUAGAAGCUGGUCAGUCUACAUUACUAAUGGCAGUUUCCCAUGUCUUACAAGAGGGCUUCAGCCCUCAUGGUUGAUUGGUCAAAGCCAACUGGGUGGUAUUGGAAAGUGGAGAAAGGGAGAGACAGACAGACAGAUGGACAGAAAAGGGAAGUGGCCGUGAAGCUACACUCAGCUCCAUGUUCAGAGAUUCAUGUCAAAGAUGAAGUUGGACCCAAUGCCUGCAUUAAUAUUUGUGAGGAGAAGAGAAAACAAAUGGUCUUGUUUUAGCUGCUUCACAUGGCAUAUUUCCAGGCUAACCCCAUAGUUAGAGUUUCCUGACCACACUGGGAGCCAGGGCAAAGGAGAGCAGGAAGUGGAGGCAAAAGCAAAGCAUUGUAACUGAGAAGAGCUCAGUCCUGGCCCAGUCCUGGCUUGUCACAGGAAGGGAAGCCGGUGGGUUUGGAGUGGGGAGAGGGAAAGGUGUUGAGGGAGCCCACCAGGUGUCCUGGGGGCGACAAGGCUGUGUGGCCUGGGAGCAGCUGGGCCUGUUCAUGAGAGACCUUCCCACCCUGCUCCCCAAAUUGGACACACUGUAAAAGCAAGCCUAUAUGGCUCUGAAAUUCCUGAAGUCUUACCCAGAAAUUUCCAAAGUCGUCAGCUGCAGGAGCCAGUGUCUAGGAGCCAGAGUCAUAUUUAAGGAAGAUGAGCUUUGAGCUUUUCCUGUCGCUGCCACUGAGCCCUCCCACCCACUUCUCAGGUGGCCUCUUGCCUUUUUUCUCUUUCAUACCUGACUGCGAAUUGACUGUAGAGAUUUCUCUUUAUGUAUUUUACCCACUUUGGGCAACUUUUCUUGCUCUAAAUAAAUAAAAUUCCCAGUUUCUUG